AUGCGACCCAUCAUCACCCUCGAGGAGCACUUUGCCUCCCCCACCGUCAUCGCCUCGAGCGACGACGCCAAAGCCCACUACGCCCACUUCCCCACGCGCAUCCUCGACAAGCUGACCGACCUGGGCGCCGGGCGCGUCGCCGACCUCGACCGCGGGCACGUCUCGCUGCAACUGGACCGCUGCGUGACGAGGCUCGGCUUCGUCGGCGCGCUGAUCGAGAACCACCUCGACGGCGUCUUCUACGACGCCGAGCGCUUCUGGCCCGUCUUCGCCGCGGCGGAGCGCCUCGGCGCGCCCGUCUACCUGCACCCGACCUUCGCGUCCGACUCCAUGGCCGCGCACCACGCCGGCAACUACCCGGACGAGGUCGCGCUCGCGCUCAGCGCGUUCGGCUGGGGCUGGCACGCCGAGACGGGACUGCACGUGCUGCGGCUGUUCGCCGCCGGCGUCUUCGACCGCUUCCCCGCGCUCAAGCUCGUCAUCGGCCACAUGGGCGAGAUGCUGCCCUUCCAGCUCGACCGCUGCGUCUCCGUGUCGGAGCGCUGGCCGGCGAAGCGCCGCGGGCUGCGCCAGGUCUGGCGCGAGAAUGUCUGGGUCACGACGAGCGGCAUGUUCAGCCUCACGCCGCUGCGGUGCCUGCUGGAGACGAUGCCGAUCGAGCAUGUCUUGUUUAGCGUCGACUACCCGUUUUCGGCGAAUGAAAAGGGCUUUGAGUUUCUGAAAGAGGUUCAGGAGAGCGGCGUGAUCACGGGCGACGACCUCGACUUGUUUGCGUACAAGAAUGCGGAGAAGCUGCUGGGAGUGACGGCAACGCAUAAGCCAGACGCGACUAAUUAG